AUGGCGCCACGACUCGUGGCGCCACGAAUCACGCAGCACGGUGGUGGGUGGGUGGAGCCAUCAUCACACCUUUGUCCCCACCCCCUCUCCUUAUCUCUCACCCCUACUGUCGUCAGUCGCCUAGCCGCCUCCAAACGCCUGUCCCAUGAGCUGCGUUACCUCCCUUGUGUCACCAGCAAGUCCUGCACCAUGCUGCCAGCGGCACCAUGCUGCCAGCGGCACCAUGCUGCCAGCGGCACCAUCUCAGCCCAACCCUCCGUUUCUCUCCCAUCCCUCCCUUUUCUUUCCCUCUCUCUCUCUCUUGCUCCUUGCCCCUCCCUCCUCUUCUACUCCCCCUUGUCUCCCCCCAUCCCUCUUCCCCAUCCCUCUUCCCCAUCCCUCUUCCCCAUCCCUCUUCCCCAUCCCUCUUCCCCAUCCCUCUUCCCCAUCCCUCUUCCCCAUCCUCCCCAUCCCUCUUCCCCAUCCCUCUUCCCCAUCCCUCUUCCUCAUCCCUCUUCCCCAUCCCUCUUCCCCAUCCCUCUUCCCCAUCCCUCUUCCCCAUCCCUCUUCCCCAUCCCUCUUCCCCAUCCCUCUUCCUCAUCCCCCGACCCCACUGCAGUCAGCCGCCUAACCGCGUCCAACCGCCUGCCCCAUCUGCUGCUGUACGGCCCACCCGGCACGGGGAAAACCUCAACGGUGCUGGCGGUGGCUCGGCAGCUGUACGGGGCGGGGGGCGUGCGGAACAUGUGUCUGGAGCUCAACGCCAGCGACGAGAGGGGCAUUGAUGUGGUGCGGCAGCAGGUGCAGGACUUCGCCUCCACUCAGUCUAUCAGCUUCGGCGCCAAGGCGGCAGUGAAGCUUGUGGUGCUGGACGAGGCGGACGCCAUGACCAAGGACGCCCAGUUCUCGCUGCGCCGCGUGAUAGAGAAGUACACGCGCAGCACGCGCUUUUGUCUCAUCUGCAACCACGUCAGCAAGAUCAUCCCAGCCCUCCAAUCUCGAUGCACGCGCUUCCGCUUCGCCCCGCUGUCCUCUGCUGACGUCACUGCCAGGCUCAGACACGUCAUCCAGGAAGAAGGUCUGGAUGUGACAGAUGGCGCGCUGUCAGCCAUUGUGAGCCUCAGUGCGGGUGAUAUGCGCCGCGCUCUCAACAUCUUGCAGUCAGCUCACAUGUCAUGUCCAAACACCAUGACAGAGGAGGCGGUUUAUGCCAGUACAGGCAACCCCAUGCCCAAGGACAUCCAGCAGAUGGCGCACUGGCUACUCAACGAACCGUUCCGCACCGCACUGCAACGCAUUCAGCGAGUGAAGGAGGUGAAGGGGCUGGCGCUCAUAGACAUUGUGCGCUACCUGCACGGUUUCAUCCUCACAGUGGACAUGCCAGCAGCAGUGCGCAUCGACCUCUUUGACGCCAUGGCUGAUAUUGAGUACCGUUUGACCUUUGCCACGAGUGAGAAGGCGCAGCUGGGGGCGCUGGUGGGGGCUUUCACGCACGCGCGCUCCAAGCUCGUGGAGGGCGCCAAAUAA